CAAUCGCGACUCCUUUUUGUAUUGGAUAUCUUCCCUUUCCAUUCAUACGUGAGGUAAAGUAGGCGGGAUUGUCCCGCGGGGUUGGUUACGCUGCAGUACGGCGGCUCUGAGAGAAAUAAACGGAGACCAAAAGAAAAAAAAAAUACUGGCAGCAGGAAGUGAAUUUUAUUUUUAAAUAUAUUUUUAAAUUGACUUUUUUAGAAAAUAUUUACAAUGGAUCUCCAACGAUGAGGUAUCUACUGGGAAGCUCAGGUUGACUGAAUCAUGGCUCAGUUUCCAACACCUUUUGGGGGCACUCAGCCCAGUGAAAGUGGGGGCCUGGAUGUCUGGGUCAUCACUGCAGAGGAGCGAAAUAAACAUGAUCAACAGUUUUACAGCUUGAAUCCCACGUCUGGGUUUAUCACUGGUGAUCAAGCAAGAAAUUUCUUUCUUCAGUCUGGACUUCCCCCUCCCAUUCUUGCACAAAUAUGGGCCCUAGCUGACAUGAACAAUGAUGGGAGGAUGGACCAGCAUGAGUUCUCCAUCGCUAUGAAGCUAAUUAAACUGAAACUACAGGGUCAUUCGCUCCCUCCUUCACUGCCCCCUAUCAUGAAACAACCUCCCCUUGCUAUUCCUGCUGUCCCAGGGUUUGGAAUGGGCGGCAUUGCUGGUAUACCUGGAAUAGCAGGAGUUGGAAUGUCGCCCCCUAUGGGGACAUCUGUUCCGUCAGCAGUGCCACCAAUGGCUAAUGGGGCACCUGUGAUGAUCCAGCCUCUGCCUGGCUUUGCUCAUUCAGCUGCUGCUGCAACACUCAAGAGUUCUUCCUUAAACCGAUCUGGACCAAAACUACAAAAGGCCCAGUCGUUUGACAUUGCAAAAUUUGAGGUACCCACAAAACCGAACAAGUAUCAAAGUACGACCACAGGUGCAGCAUCCGCUGCUGCUUGUGUGGAUUGGGCUGUCCCUCAGUCCUCUCGGCUAAAGUACAGGCAGCUCUUCAACAGCCAGGACAAAAUGAUGUGCGGACAUUUAACAGGUCUACAGGCAAGAACUAUCCUGAUGCAGUCCAGUUUACCCCAAGCUCAGUUAGCUUCUAUCUGGAAUCUUUCAGACAUUGAUCAAGAUGGGAAGCUUACAGCAGAAGAGUUCAUCCUGGCCAUGCACUUAAUAGAUAUGGCCAUGUCAGGCCAGCCUUUACCUCCUGUGCUGCCUCCGGAUUUCAUUCCUCCUGCUUUCAGAAGGGUUCGCUCUGGCAGUGGCAUCUCUAUCACAAGCUUACAUUUAGUAGACCAAAGGGUACCUGAGGAACCUGCGGAGGAGGAACAGCAACAGCAACACAAGAAUCUGCCAGUGUCGUUCGAGGACAAAAAGCGUGAGAACUUCGAGCGGGGUAACCUGGAGCUGGAGAAGCGACGCCAAGCCCUUCUGGAGCAGCAGCGCAAGGAGCAGGAGCGCCUGGCAGCUCUGGAGAGGCAGGAGCAGGAGCAGCGAGAGAGAGAGCGGCUUGAGCAGGAGCGCCGCCGCCAGAUGGAGCUGGAGAGACAACUGGAGAGGCAGAGAGAGCUGGAGAGACAGCGCGAGGAGGAGCGGAGGAAGGAGAUCGAGAGGAAGGAGGCUGCGAAACGAGAACUUGAAAGGCAACGGCAACUUGAGUGGGAGCGGAAUCGACGCCAAGAGCUGCUCAACCAGAGGAACAAAGAACAAGAGAACAUUGUGGUCUUAAAAGACAGGAAAAAGACUCUAGAAUUCGAAUUGGAAGCUCUCAAUGAUAAGAAACAUCAGCUGGAGGGGAAGUUGCAGGAUGUGCGGUUCCGUCUGUGCGCUCAGCGGCAUGAAAUUGAGAGUACCAACAAGACAAGGGAACUGAGGAUCGCUGAAAUCACAUGUCUUCAGCAGCAGCUGCAGGAGUCUCAACAGUUGCUCGGAAGGUUGAUUCCAGAGAAGCAAUCCCUGAAUGACCAAUUAAAGCAGGUGCAGCAAAACAGUUUACAUAGAGAUACCCUUCUGAGCAUCCGAAAAACCUUAGAAGUGAAGGAGUCCACUCGGCAGCAGCUGCGAGACCAGCUGGACGAGGUGGAGAAAGAGACACGGUCCAAACUGCUGGAGAUCGACACUUUCAACAAUCAAUUAAAGGAACUACGAGCGAUCCACAGCAAACAGCAGCGGCAAAAGCAGAUGGAACUCGAAGCAGAGAUCCAGAAACAAAAGGAGCAAGAAUGGAAAACUGCAGAGCUGGAAAGACAAGAAGCCCAAAGGCAGUCUGAGGAAGAGGAGUUGCCUCAGCAGAGGGAGGAGGCACCUCCGCCGCAGUGGACGAGAAGAGUGCAUGAAGAGGACAAGCCAAGGCCAGACGACGACGGGGAUUGUAAAGACAUGCAGGACAAACUCAACAAGAUCUUCAUGCAGCACCCAGAGCCAGGCAAGCUGCCAGCCCAGUCCGCCUGGCCCACUGCUGAAAAAUUGCCAGUGACUGGUUUUGAUCAGGAUAAAGUGAAGGUUAUGUUCUAUAGAGCUCUUUAUCCAUUUGAUGCCAGAAGCCUCGAUGAAAUUACAAUUCAACCUGGAGAUAUCGUUCUGGUGGAUGAGAGUCAGACGGGAGAGCCUGGCUGGCUUGGAGGAGAGCUAAAGGGUAGAACGGGCUGGUUCCCAGCGAACUAUGCAGAGAAGAUGCCAGAGAAUGAGGUUCCAGCCAAUCUGAAACCUGGAGUGGGGGCUGCCCCAAAACUGGCCGCCCGUGUUACUCCAAUUAGCAGUGCGACACAGCCACCACCAACAGAGCCAGUCGUGCCCCCGACCAUCCCUUCAACGACAUCCAGCAACUGGGCUGACUUCAGCUCCACGUGGCCAACAAACAGCACUGAAAAGUCAGAUGGUGACAACUGGGACCCCUGGCCCACCCAGCCCUCUCUGACGGUGCCCAGUGCAGGGCAGCUUCGGCAGAGAUCUGCGUUCACGCCUGCCACUGUCACAGGGUCCUCUCCCUCUCCUGUUUUAGGGCAGGGGGAGAAGGUGGAGGGUCUCCAGGCGCAGGCCUUGUAUCCAUGGCGAGCAAAGAAGGAUAAUCACCUGAACUUUAACAAGAAUGACGUCAUCACAGUGCUGGAGCAGCAGGACAUGUGGUGGUUUGGGGAUGUGCAGGGCCAGAAGGGUUGGUUCCCGAAGUCCUAUGUCAAACUCAUUUCAGGGCCAAUGAGGAAAUCCAUCAGCAUUGAUUCUGGUUCUUCUGAUAGCCCGCCCAUCCAGAAGAGGCCAACACCUUCUCCUAGUAAACCCACUGACCCAGGAGAAGAAUAUAUAGCAAUGUACACCUACGAAAGCAAUGAGCAAGGAGACUUGACGUUCCAGCAAGGGGAUGUGAUUCUUGUAACAAGAAAGGAAGGUGACUGGUGGACUGGAGUAGUUUCCGAUAGGACUGGAGUAUUCCCAUCCAACUAUGUCAAACCCAAGGAUUCGGAGGAAGCUGGCUCAGCUGGGAAGACAGGUAGCCUGGGAAAGAAGCCAGAAAUUGCCCAAGUCAUUGCACCCUACACAGCGACGGGCACCGAACAGCUGACCCUGGCUCCUGGGCAGCUCAUACUCAUUAGAAAGAAGAACCCAGGGGGGUGGUGGGAAGGGGAGCUGCAGGCUAGAGGGAAGAAACGACAAAUAGGGUGGUUCCCAGCUAAUUAUGUUAAGUUGUUGAGCCCCAAUACCAGUAAAUGUACCCCAACUGAGCCCCCCAAACCCACAGCUCCUAAUGCAGUAUGCCAGGUGAUAGGCAUGUACGACUACAUUGCACAGAACGAUGACGAGCUUGCCUUUGGAAAAGGACAAAUUCUAAAUGUUUUGAGCAAGGAGGACCCUGAUUGGUGGAAAGGGGAACUAAACGGCUCCGUGGGGCUGUUUCCAUCCAACUACGUCAAACUAACGACCGACACAGACCCCAGUCAGCAAUGGUGCGCCGAUUUACAUCUAUUGGACAUGCUGACCCCCACGGAGAGGAAGAGGCAAGGCUACAUUCAUGAGCUGAUUGUGACAGAAGAGAACUACGUCAAUGACCUCCAGUUGGUCACAGAGACCUUUCAGAAGCCCAUGCUAGAGUCUGAGCUACUGACUGAGAAGGAGGUGGCCAUGAUUUUUGUGAACUGGAAAGAACUGAUUAUGUGCAACAUCAAGCUACUGAAGGCGCUGCGGGUGCGCAAGAAGAUGUCUGGGGAGAGGAUGCCAGUGAAGAUGAUUGGUGACAUUCUGACUGCCCAAUUACCCCACAUGCAGCCCUACAUCCGAUUCUGCAGCUGCCAGCUGAACGGAGCCACCCUCAUCCAGCAAAAGACAGACGAGGUGCCCGAGUUCAAGGAGUUUCUCAAAAGGUUAGCGAUGGACCCACGCUGCAAAGGGAUGCCACUGUCUAGUUUUUUACUAAAGCCAAUGCAAAGAGUUACAAGAUAUCCGCUAAUCAUUAAAAAUAUUUUGGAGAACACCCCUGAGAACCACACAGACUAUAGCCACCUGAAGCAGGCGCUGGAGAAGGCAGAGGAGUUGUGCUCGCAGGUCAACGAGGGAGUGCGCGAGAAGGAGAACUCUGACCGACUAGAGUGGAUUCAGACCCACGUCCAGUGUGAGGGCUUGUCUGAGCAACUUGUAUUUAACUCUGUGACAAACUGCCUGGGGCCUCGGAAGUUCCUUCACAGCGGGAAACUGUACAAGGCAAAGAGCAACAAGGAGCUGUACGGCUUCCUUUUCAACGACUUCCUGCUGCUCACACAGGUCAUCAAACCGCUGGGCUCCUCUGGAACAGACAAGGUCUUCAGCCCCAAAUCCAGCCUGCAGUACAAGAUGUACAAGACUCCUAUAUUUCUGAACGAAGUGCUUGUGAAAUUGCCCACUGACCCAUCAGGAGAUGAGCCCAUUUUCCACAUCUCCCACAUUGACCGGGUCUACACACUCCGAGCAGAGAGCAUCAAUGAGAGAACUGCUUGGGUUCAGAAGAUUAAAGCUGCUUCUGAACUCUACAUUGAAACCGAGAAAAAGAAAAGGGAAAAGGCUUAUUUAGUUCGUUCUCAGAGAGCAACAGGGAUUGGCCGUCUGAUGGUGAAUAUUGUGGAAGGCAUUGAGUUAAAACCCUGCAGGUCACAUGGAAAGAGCAACCCAUACUGCGAGGUGACCAUGGGCUCUCAGUGCCACAUUACCAAGACCAUCCAGGACACCCUGAACCCAAAGUGGAAUUCCAACUGCCAGUUCUUCAUCAAGGACCUGGAGCAGGAUGUGCUGUGUGUUACAGUGUUCGAGCGCGACCAGUUCUCUCCUGAUGAUUUCCUGGGAAGGACAGAGAUCCGGGUCACCGAUAUAAAGAAAGACCAGGGUUCUAAGGGACCAAUCACCAAGCGGCUUCUCCUGCAUGAAGUCCCUACUGGAGAGAUAGUUGUGCGUCUGGACCUGCAGUUGUUUGAGGAACCAUAGGAGCCAAACAGACUUACUAUUAUUUAUGUUUUCAAGGUCAAGAGCUGCACAGAGCAACUGAUGGGUAUCUGCAAAAGCUGUUGGGACAAAACAAGUGUGUCAGACAUUGGAUUUGAAUUUACGUGGGUGGUUUUGCGUUGCAGACUGGUACAAACAUAGUCCUAAUGGUCAUUACAAAUCAACAGGCAGGCAAUGCAUAUUGCUGACAAAAAUUGUAGUCUAACUGCGUUCUGUAAUACUGUACAUUAUGGUAAUAAAUGAUUACCUUUCACUUAUUCAUAGGACACAAACAUGCAUUGUGUAACCAAUACACCUACAAGUUAUGGGUCAGGUACAUUUCUUAAAGCUACCUUUGUAAGAGUUUCCAAAGCUUUGCCAGGAAUUCAAAGGAGUGUGCAGAACCAAAAGUAAGGACAGACUAUUGUUGAAAGCAUUUUUUUCUUUUUUUAAAUCAGUGUGUAACUAUAUUGCAUUAUUUAAACUUAUUUAUUAAUACAGUAGUAUUUAUUAUUUAACUCAUCUCAGUUCCAUGUAUACACAGGUACUAACCACUAAAGUAUCUCCUCUACUACUUUUCAAGACAGACAUGGGGGACAGUGUUCUGCUUUUAAUCAAUACGACAAGCCAGCAAAAAAUUAAGAAACUAUAUAUAUA